GAUGUGCUCAAAAAUGUAUAUAGCAAAACAUGCGGCACUGUGUCACGUCCCCAAGUGCCCGGUGGGAGCUGCUGCGGCAGCCCCACCUCCAGAGUCAACAGACUCAGAGACUGACGGAGUACCAAGUAACAGGCCUAUACCCGAAUCGGUAGGCGUGGCCUGCCCCGAUUGCGGCGAAAGGUACUCCGGCCGCGGUGCACUAACACAGCACCAGCGGCACCGGCAUCCACUCACCCGAAACGAAGCUAGGGCAGCGGGUACACGGCGGUCUCCUCGACAAGAAGAUUGGUUAUCUUUACUGAAGAGGAGGAACAAAUAA